UUGUACGAAGGCAUACGAUAUGCACCUGGAUCCGCAAUGAUGGGCUCUCGGAAGUGUGAAUAUUGUUAUUGCAUAUCCGGUACCAGAAGAUGCAUCAGACCAAAGUGUUUGCUUCCCUUACCUGGCUGCACGCCGGUUUAUGUUCCUUAUUCCUGCUGUCCAGUAUCCUACAAUUGUACACGUGUGGAGUCUUGGACGACCGUGGCCUCAAUGUCAGGAAACGAUUGCCGAGUUGAUAAACGGGUUUAUAAGGAGGGUGAAAUGGUGCGGGACAUCGCUUGGAAGGCCACCUGCGACAAUUGCUUCUGUGCUAUGGGUGCUGUGCGUUGCGUCCCACUUGCGUGCGCUCCACCACUUCAGGGUUGUAACCCAAUUGUCCGCGAAGGGCAAUGCUGUCCUUCCACAUAUAAUUGCAGUGGAAGCAUUGAAGUCAAGGCCACUCAGAAUUACGCAUCAUAUGCUUUCAUUAGCAAAGAUUAUGCAAAGUUUAGGAAGGAAACGAACUUCUUUGUAAGUUAUAAUCACUUAUCAAAUCACACGGUCGAGGGUCGCGGUCACCGAGUGGUCAUCGAGGGAAUUGAUUCGAGUACUUUCAGUCCGGUCACUGAAGAGUCUACAGACGUGACUGAAUCCACUUCUAGCACUUCUACUUUAGAAACUGAGACGAUGGACAAUAAGAUCUUGACCGAGACUACGGAAUUUCUCAAGACUACCACUUUAGAAAGCGAUCUUCUCUCUACAACCACAACAUUUACCACUAUUGCGGAAAGUACUGAUAUGGAGUCGACGCUUCCUGAUUUGACGACGACAAUCAGAGAUUCUGGCAUCGAGGAUUCUACCUUGACGAGCUCUUUAAUGUCUCUCGUGGAUUCAACCACUAUCGAUGAUUCCUUCUCUGAAUUCACAACCACAAGUGCAACCACAAUCAGGGAAGAGAAUACGUCGACAUCACCCUCUGUUCCCCACAUCACAGAACGAACUUUGAUCUCCCCGGAAGCAGGAUAUCGCCAAACCUCCUGUCAGGAAAGUGGAGCAGACAAAGAGCAGGCUAGUACGCCUUCUGCAAGUCGUACUGAAACAACUGUUUCCUCUCUAGCCACAUCAAAAGAGAAUAAGCAGGGUGAUGACGAUUCUGGUCAGCUCCUUCCUGAGGUACUCACACAGGCUCCAUUAGUAACAGGUUUGCCGUCGACUGUCGUGAUGCGGGAUGACAUUAUGGUGAUGAAUGUUACUGUAAAAACAAACGUUUCGGUCGGACAUAUUCAAGGGGUGACGAUCAAUCCCGUGAGGACGAUUGCACCGGAAAUUGAAGCUAUUCUGAAUAUCACCCAUCGACAGAAGGGAGACGAUUACGAAUACGAUUACAGUGAGCCAACUUUACCUCCAUCACUACCAAACGUUCGAAUAAUCCCAUUCGUAGCAGCAGACGCUUUGGUAAAGGACAAAAACGAACCGUCACCCGUUACCGGAUAUCCUUCCGGUGCUGUGGGAGUACCUCCAGAAUUGAUACCGACGGAUUCUAGAUUCUACGAUAUAGUUACCCAAGAUAAUCGUUUCAGUCCGCCAGUUGAAACCGAAGGUGGAUUCGUGCCAAGGGAGCCUCCUUACUUCGAUCCAUCUUAUCACUCAACUGAUCUAAAUCUGGAAAUUGGUACUGGGGUUACAGUUCUGCCCGAAGCUAUCCCCAAUCCUCACAACAAGAAAGAAUUGCAAGAUUUGGGAAGCAUCUGUCAUUUUGAGGGUCAGAAAUAUCAUCAUUCUGCAAUUUUACCGAGUCGUGGUUUAUGCAUCGUCUGCAUUUGUUAUUAUGGGGAGGUAAUAUGCUCUGAUGAGAAGUGCCCUCCCUUGAAGAUUGGUUGCCGAAGAAUUAUUGACAAAAAGAAAGACUGCUGUGGAAAGCUUGUCUGUGUUGAUGCUGACGAAUCACCAACUGUCGUUUUGGAUCGAGCUGAUGCCACUGCACCAUCUCAAAGACAACCUUCAGUUUCACCAGACCCAUUCAGAGAUGUUAUUAAAACAGAACCAGCGCCUGAUUUGCCUUCUUUGAUGGAGGAUAUGAUUCCUUAUUUAGCAGGCCAAGGAAUUACGAAUCCAAGUUCCACUACUCCGAUGGAUACUUCCAUUUACGAGAUGAAUCAAAAUUAUCAAGAAUCUUCUCAAGGAUCUCAAAAGUUUGAAGGGUUUAACUUUUAUAAUUUUAAUGUAUCUUUUGAUGAAGCAAACGACAAGUUUUUCUCAGAAAUUGGUGACUCUAGUAACAUCUACAACGAGACAGUUCCUACGAAAAUAGAUAGCAAAAACACUUUUUCUACCUCUUUAAAAAAUAGUUCUGUAAUUAAUUUCAAUAAAAGCGAAGACGGAUUGAAUUUAAACACCACAAAUAUAAAGGAUGCCUUGUAUUCAAAUAAUUUUAAUUCGAACAAAUCUAAGAAUGUCUCACAAUCAGAAGAAGAUGAGUCAAUAUUUUCUCUGGACAGUGUAUUCGAUUUGUUCUUCUCAGAAAGCACAACUCAAAAACAGAAAGAGACAGAGCUGAAGGAAAAAAUGGAUACUUGGGAAGAAAUAGAAUAUAAAGAGGAAAUUGAUAGAAAAGAAGAAACAGAAGUUAAAAAAGAAGUAGAAAAAAACAAAGAGAUAGACACUAAGAAAGAAUCUACGAAACAAGAAUUAUCAGGGUUUCUAACUUCUAAUAUUGUAAGCCAUUCGAUUAAAGCCCCUUCGACGACCCAAACUAGUUUUCAAGAAACAACAAUUCCUGAAAUAAUUUAUAAAUCAGAGGUAAAGAAAAAUUCUGAGAAUGAGGUUUCAAUUUUGAAUGUUUUAAAAUUGGCUGGAUGCAAUAUUUAUGGAAGAAUGUACAGAGUUGGAAGAAUUAUUACUGAACUUUCGACAGCUUGUUUGGAGUGUAGGUGUACUGAAGUAGGUGUUCAAUGUAAGCAACUCAAUUGCUGACUGCUAUAAUUUAAUUUAUUAUGCCUAAUCUUGUCACUUCGUGAGUAAAUAUGUGAUAUGAACUGAAGGCUCUUCGUUCUAAAACUGUUAACUGAAA